GAAAAAAUAAUUUACUUUUGGGAAAAUUGCGAGCUCAACAAAUAAUUUCAAUUAUGUCGCAGUCGCGAGUGUCGGUCAAUAUUCCCACGACCAUCAAUGCUUCUCCGGGGGCGGAGGAAGCGAAGCUGAAGAUGACAUAUCCCGUGGCCCGAAAGGAUGAAUCCGUGACUGAAACCAUGUACGGUACAAGCGUGAAGGAUGUCUACCGUUGGCUGGAGGAUCCCGAGGCACAGGAGACGCACAAGUUCAUCGAUGCCCAGAACGCCAUCAGUCAGCCGUUUCUGGAGAAGUGCGACGAGUGGAAGAAGAUCAAUACGAAGCUCACGAAGCUAUGGAACUAUCCGAAAUAUGGUGCCCCCAUGAAGAAUGGCAGCUAUUAUUAUUACUACAAGAACACGGGCCUGCAGAAUCAACAUGUCCUGAUGCAGCAAGAUUCCCUGAAGGAGGAGGGUAGAGUGUUCAUUGACCCGAAUCAACUGUCAGCCGAUGGCACCACCGCCAUGAGCCAGGCCACGUUCUCCGAUGAUGGUUCCUAUAUGGCCUAUGGCCUCAGCGAAAGCGGUUCCGAUUGGGAGAAGAUACUCAUACGCAGGGCCAAGGACUGCACGGACUUUGAAGACGUGCUCGAGAAGGUCAAGUUCUCGACGAUUGCCUGGACAUUGGACAACAAGGGUUUCUUCUAUGGCCGCUACCCAUGCCAGGAUGGAAAGACCGAUGGCUCCGAGACGAAGCAGAACGAGCAUCAAAAGCUAUACUACCAUCGCGUGGGAGAGUCCCAGGACAAGGAUACAAUGGUGGUGGAGUUCCCCGAACAACCGUCGUGGCGCACCAUCAGCGAGGUCUCCGAUUGCGGCAAGUAUCUGAUUCUAUUCGUCAGCUAUACAGUCCGCGACAAUACGCUCUACUAUGCGCACAUCAAGCCGGGAGAGGAAAUCUCUGGCCCGUUGGAGGUCCAUCCGAUUGUGGAUAAAUUCGAGGCCGACUACGAUUAUGUGGCAAGCGAAGGAUCCAAGAUGUACUUCAGAACCAAUAAGGAUGCCCCCAACUAUCGUUUGGUGAUGAUUGAUCUCGAAAAUCCCGAUGAAAAGAACUGGAAAACUGUGGUCCCCGAGCACUCGAAAGAUGUCAUGGAGUGGGCUCUGUGCGCCCAUCGUAAUAAGUUCGUGGUUUGCUACAUACGCGAUGUGAAGAGCGUGCUGCAAGCCUACGAAAUGGAAACGGGCAAGAUGGUGCAACACUUUGAUCUAGAUAUUGGUACGCUGGCUGGCAUCUCGGGGGAAAAGAAAUACUCCGAGAUCUUCUAUAGUUUCACAUCAUUUCUCACGCCCGGUCUCAUCUAUCGAUAUGACUUUGCAACGCCCGAGGAAAAGCCGGAGGUUAUUCGUGAAAUCAAACUGAAUCUGGAGGGAUUCUCGCGCGAUUCGUAUGCCGUUGAGCAGGUGUUCUACAAGAGCAAGGAUGACACCGAUAUACCCAUGUUUAUCGUCCGCAAGAAACGCGACACCAUUGAGCCGCGUCCUUGUCUUCUGUACGGCUAUGGGGGAUUCAAUCACAGUCUGAUGCCUUCCUUUGGCAUCACAGCCCUCACCUUCAUGGACGCCUUCGACGGGGUUGUGGCCUAUCCGAAUCUACGCGGCGGCGGCGAAUACGGCAUCAAGUGGCACAACGCUGGCCGGCUGCUCAACAAACAGAACGUCUUCGAUGACUUCCAGUCGGCAGCCGAGUACUUGACCUGCAACAAGUACACUUCCAAGGAUCGUCUGGCCAUCCAGGGUGCCUCGAAUGGUGGUCUCCUCGUUGGGGCAUGCAUCAAUCAGCGUCCCGAUCUGUUUGGUGCUGCUGUCGCCCAAGUGGGCGUCAUGGAUAUGCUGCGCUUCCACAAAUUCACCAUCGGCCAUUCCUGGUGCUCCGACUACGGCAAUCCCGAUGAGGAGUCGCACUUUGUGAAUCUCUUCAGCUACUCCCCCUUACACAAUGUGCACACCCCUCUGGAUAAAUCGCAGGAGUAUCCCUCUACUCUGAUCCUGACUGCCGAUCACGACGAUCGUGUGAGUCCCUUGCAUUCGCUGAAGUUUGCGGCUGCCCUCCAGGAGGCUGUACGUCAAUCGGAAAUCCAGAACAAUCCCAUACUUUUGCGUGUCUACACCAAGGCGGGACAUGGCGCUGGCAAGCCCACAACAAUGCGCAUCAAAGAGGCCACAGACAUACUGGCCUUUUACUUCAAGAGCUUAAAUAUGGAUUCUGUUAAUCUUUAAGCAGAAACACACACACAAACCCUACACAAAUACAGCAGCAGAAGUUCUCAGAAACACACACACACACACAGAACAUGAACAGAACACGUACAGAAAAUACAAAUAAAAUUAAAAUUAUUGUUACCAAUUAAAUAGUUAUGAAGAACAUA